UGUGAUGUUUUUAUCAGCAGGACAAAUUCUGCAAAUACCCAGAAUGGCGUUUAUUAAAGAGGAGAGUGAAGACAUGAGGAUUGAAAAAGCAUUCAGAGAUAAACAUGAAGAUACUCUGGAACAAAAAGAUCUGAUGCCGCUGAAAGAGGAGAGUCAACAAUUGAAUGAAAUUGAAGACAAAGUUCAAUAUGAGAAAUAUCAUGAUUUCAUAGCUGGAGAAAAUGUGUUUAGUUGCCCACAGAUUAAAAUUACCACACUAAAAAAAGAUCAAGAGACAGAAGCUGCAAGUCAUGCCACCUGCCAACAGGGUGGAAAGUGUUUCACUACAAAAGGAAAUCUUGAAGUCCAUAUGGAAAUUCACACGGGGGAAAAGCCUUACACCUGCCAACAAUGUGAUAAGACUUUCAUUUACAAAGAAAGCCUUAAAAGGCACACUAGAGUUCACACUGGAGAGAAACCUUACACCUGCAAACUGUGUGGAAAGAGUUUCAGUCAAAAUGGAAGCCUUAAAAGCCACAUGACAAUUCAUACUGGAGAGCAGCCUUUCACAUGCCCUCAAUGUGGAAAGCGUUUUACACAAAGAAAGACUCUUAAUGGCCACAUGAGUAUUCACACAGGAGAGAAGCCUUUCACUUGCCAACACUGGAAAAAGUUUCAAUAAAAAUGGAACCCUUAAAAGGCACAUUGGAAUUCAUACAGGAAAGAAACCUUACACCUGCAAACUGUGUGGAAAUAGUUUCAUUCAAAAAGGAGGACUUAAAAGCCACAUGAGAAUUCAUACUGGAGAGAAGCCUUACACAUGCCCGCAGUGCGGAAGGAGUUUUACCCGUAAACAAACUCUUAAUGCCCACAUGAGAAUUCACACUGGAGAGAAAUCUUUCACCUGCUAACAGUGUGAAAAUGGUUUCACUUGUAAAAUAUCCCUUAAUAAACACACAAGGAUUCACUUGAGAGGACUUGAGAUAUGUCAUCCGUGUGGAAGGAGUUUCACAGACUGUAAGAAUCGUAAGAACUCACAUUAGUGAAAAGCCUUUCAUGUGCGACCACUGGGUACAAACUUGCUCAGACAGAGCAAAUCUUGGGAUUCACAUGAGAAUUCACAGUAACCGGAAGCCUUUCACAUGCCAUCACUAAGAGUUUCAGCUCCAAAGGAAACUUAACACGUAAGGUGGCACAAUAAAGAGAUGAGGUUCACUUGUCUUAAAGGUAUAGCUUGUCCAAAAAAUAAAAUUGCCAUCAUGUACUCUAC